AGAGGAGGAGGAGGAGGAGGGUGAGGCUGGGCUGGGCUGCCUUGCCUGCCUGCCUGGGGGGGAGAAGUGUGCCAUGCCGCACUGUUGUCGCGAAUGAAUGAAAGCGAGAGGAGAGUGGAGUGGGAGUGGGAGUGGAGAAGAGAAGAGCACCGCAGGCACAGCCGAGCAGUCGACCGGGGCACAAGUAGUAGUAGCAGUAGUAGUAGGCAAGGCGUCGUUGCGCUGUGCUUGAUUGAAGGAAGAAGGUUUGGUGGCGCAGGGGGAGCUAAUCAUGGAGGGGUGCAAGCAAGCAGGCUGUGAGUGAGGAGUGCACAGAAGCGGAUGGCAGUGACGAAAAGAGAAAGUAGGAGCGUGAUGGAUGCUUCCGGCAAGUAUGUGCGCUACACAAACGAACAGGUGGAGGCUUUGGAGCGCGUCUACAAUGAGUGCCCGAAGCCCAGCUCGAUAAGGCGUCAGCAGCUGAUCAAAGAUUGCCCCAUUCUUGCCAACAUCGAGCCGAAGCAGAUCAAAGUCUGGUUCCAGAAUCGACGGUGCCGCGAGAAGCAACGAAAAGAAGCCACCCGGCUUCUGAGUGUGAAUGCGAAACUCACCGCGCUGAACAAGCUGCUCAUGGAAGAGAAUGAGCGCCUCUCGAAGCACACUUCUCAGCUGGCUAUCGAGAAUCAGUAUCUUCGUCAGCACACGAGUUCCGAGAGGAACUUGAAGCCAUCCCGCCGGCUGCACGAGCAGGCAGGGAUGGCCACGCCUGACACGAGUUCUGAAUCUGUUGUCACGGGUGGACUUCAACGACAUCCAACACCGCAGCAUCCCCCGCGGGAUGCAAGUCCUGCUGGGUUACUGGCGAUUGCAGAAGAAACCUUGACAGAGUUUCUGGCCAAGGCAACAGGAACUGCAAUUGACUGGAUCCAGAUGCCCGGGAUGAAGCCUGGUCCGGACUCGAUUGGCAUUGUAGCCAUUUCACACGGUUGUGCUGGAGUGGCUGCACGAGCAUGCGGCUUAGUGGGCCUCGAACCCACGAAGGUCGCGGAUGUUCUCAAGGACAGACCUGCAUGGCUCCGAGACUGUCGGCGGCUGGACGUUCUUGGAGCCUUCCCCACCGGAAACGGUGGCACUGUCGAGCUGAUUUACACUCAGAUGUAUGCACCAACUACCCUUGCACCUGCGAGGGAUUUUUGUACGUUGCGUUACACAUCGUUUUUGGAGGAUGGCAAUCUUGUGAUUUGCGAGCGUUCCUUGAGUGGAGCUCAUGGUGCACCGACAAUGCCACCGGUGCAAUUCUUCGUUCGAGCAGAAAUGCUCCCAAGUGGUUACUUGAUUCGUCCUUGCGAAGGCGGCGGUUGUAUCAUCCACAUAGUUGAUCACAUGGAUCUCGAGCCUUGGAGUGUACCUGAAGUGCUUCGACCUCUUUACGAGUCAUCAGCGGUGCUUGCCCAGAAGAUGACGAUAGGGGCAUUGCGUCACUUGCGUAGACUAGCUCAGGAGAUUCCAGGUGAGGUGGUUCUCGGAAGUGACCAGCAACCAGCCGUCUUGCGUGCCCUCAGCCAGCGCCUUGCAAGGGGUUUCAACGAGGCGGUCAAUGGGUUUGCAGACGACGGUUGGACUACGUUGCCUAGCGAUGGAAUGGAUGAUGUCAGCGUGGUCGUAAAUCCCAAUCCGAACUCCAAGCAGUUCGGAGGAGGCCCAAAUGCCACAGAUAGAUUAUGCUCCAUCGGUGGCGGAAUCUUGUGUGCCAAAGCCUCCAUGUUGCUACAGAACGUUCCACCUGCGCUUUUGAUUCGAUUCCUUCGUGAGCAUCGAUCAGAGUGGGCAGACUGUGAAAUAGAUGCUGAUGCUGCUGCAGCUCUUCGGUCCACUAAUUACGUUGGGUCCGAGUCACGUGGGAGCUUAUGUGGUGGCCAGUUACCACUACCUCUUGCCCACGCCGUGGAGCAAGAAGAGUUUUUGGAGGUGGUGAAAUUAGAGGGACACUCCCCAACACAAGACGGAGGCGUGUUGAACCGGAGUGAUUCGUUCUUAUUGCAGUUGUGUAGUGGUGUCGAUGAGAAUGCCGUGGGUGCAUGUGCGCAACUCGUGUUCGCUCCGGUUGACGUCGCAGUCACAGACGAUGUUCCUCUUCUUGCGUCUGGUUUCCGGGUUAUCCCCUUGGACAGUGGCAUAGUCGAUGGAUAUGGCUUGUCCCGAACUUUGGAUUUGACAUCUACACUUGAGGGUGGAUCAGAGGCUCGGCUCGUAGGAGACUCUGGAGCUUCGGCGUGCCACUUGAGAAGCGUCUUGACUAUAGCGUUUCAAUUUGCAUUUGAGGUGCACACUAGAGAUAGUGUUGCUGCCAUGGCACGGCAGUAUGUGCGCACUGUGGUGGCAUCUGUCCAGCGAGUGGCGAUGGCGUUGGCUCCAUCCCGGCUUGGGUCACAUCUGGGAGGAACCAGACAUCCACCACCUGCAACUCCUGAAGCACUUGUUCUUGCCCGAAGAGUUCUCCAGAGUUACAGGAGCUACAUGGGCAUGGAGCUAACCAGAGAACUUGAAAGAACGGACUACUCAAACAGUGAAGCACUUUUCAAGAUUUUCUGGAAUCACUCGGAUGCUAUUUUGUGUUGUGCUUGCAAGUCCCUGCCGGAAUUCACAUUCGGAAACCGCGCCGGAUUGGAGAUGUUGGAAACAUCAUCAGGUGCUUUGCAGGAGUUGACUUGGGAAAAGACUCUUGACGAAAAUGGACGAAAGACAGCCUAUUCUGACUUCACUCAAGUCAUGACACAGGGCUACGCCUGCCUUCCAGCAGGUGUGCGAAUUUCGAGCAUGGGACGGCCGGCUACCUACCAACAGGCGAUAGCCUGGAAGGUUGUGGACGAAGAUGAUCACACGCAUUGCAUAGCAUUCAUGUUUACGAACUGGUCAUUUUUGUGAAACCUUCAGCUCAAAGGUUCUGGCUUUACUUCAACAGUUCCGGCGUUUCUCUGCGUGCGACAGAGGAGCUCUGAAAGGAAUUGCAGGUGGACUUUAUUGCGCGUUGUCCUCGAUGUAGCAGCACUUUCCCUGGCGGUGUUCCGUUCUUCAGCUCAAGGUUGGUUCUAGUAGUUGACCCGUGACUCGAAUGAUUGUGGAAGGAAAGGACAAGCUGGGAUAAUAUGGACAGGGGGAAGUUUCUGAAGUUCCUCCUGAUCCGAAACCAUUUCGGGAAGGUGCAACAGCUGGUGGUGCUUUUCUCCAGUUUAUUUAACAUGACUUCUAGUAACUUGACCUGGAAACAGAAAGGUGCGAGAUUGUGUUGAAUCACUCAUCACAAAUUCGUCACAACUUGUAUUAGGCAGCUGAGACUGCUGUUUUGGAUGUUAUUUUGAUUUGACAUCGAACUUGUGUUGACACCAUUUUGAACAUACUUAAAUGUCUGGUUGUCCACAACCUCAAACCUGAAAUCAUCUGUUCAUAUUCAGUCUAGGACAUGUCCUAGGACUUUUCCGGGCUAACGGUGUCUUCUAGUAGGGGGAGUCUCACGAUCAUACUAUACAAGCAUGAAACUCUUUCGCUGGUUUCGGUGUCAUAAAGUUCUUCGAAGGCAGACGGAUUUAGUAGCGCAGCCUCACUGGAAGGACGUGGAAAUGCUGUCUUUCCACUGAACGCCGGUGUACGAACGUCCAUUACACACGCAGGAGUCCAGACCUGCGAGAUGCACCAUGAGCUCGAAGGGCAGUUGUAUCGAUGAUCUCUAAUCUGCCCCUUCCGAGAAAGAAAUGACCCGAUCCGGUCUGAUCUUUGGGUUCCUAGGCUUGUUGCCAUUUCGUGUAUUCUCGGCUGAAGAGAGCUGUUGCUAGCGUGAGAUUCUCAUGAGUAUAAUGGACGAGGAGCAUCCGCAGGUCUAGCAAAGCGAAGAAAUUACACUGAGGACAGGACGACUCAGGAGUUGCAAGGGACAACUUGCAGAAUCAGUCGGUGAUCGAAUGUCAUGCAUGUCACGGGAGAUGAAGCCACUAGCUAGCCCCAGUACAGCACAGUGCAGUACAGUUGAGUCGUAGGCGAGUUCAACGAAUCGAGGUUAUGAGUGUACAUCAAUUCAGUUAUAAAGUGGCAUUUCUCGAUGAAGCCAUGUGUAA